AUGGAAGAGCAUCAGCAAGCCAGUGACUCAGCCCCUGUCAUAGGGUUAGAGGCAGAGAAUCCCAGAGCUUCCCCCAGGGAACCCACGGUGAUGUGUCGCUCCAACACCUACCCUAAAGGCUUCUACUGUAGCUGGCACCUUCAGCACCCCACCUCCAUACCCACCGACUUCGAUGUCAACGUCCAACACAACCAGAAGUCCCUGGAAGCAACGAGGGAUGCGGUCCAUAAGAACCGCUGUCACGUUCUGUUCCCUGAGGUGUUCAGUAGCUACCCCUACAGAGUCAACGUCACUGCCCUCAACGCCCUCGGAAGUGCCUCCACUGCCAUCACCUUCGAAGAGUUCAACAUAGUGAAGCCAGACCCCCCUGAAAAGGUGGUGGCAACGCCCAUCCCUAACAACGUUCGUCGUCUGGAGGUCACCUGGAAUAGCCCUUCUACCUGGCCCGAUGUAGAGAGCUUCCCCCUGAAGUACUUCCUACGAUACAGGCCCCUCAUCAGGGACCAGUGGCAACACGUGGAGUUGUCAGACAGUACAGCCCACACCAUACCGGAUGCGUACGCAGAGGAGUACAUCAUCCAGGUGGCGGCUAAGGACAUGGAGAUCGGCACCUGGAGUGACUAA